AUGACGAACGUAGUAGAACAUGAAAGAAUACCAUAUUACAGAAGAGAUACAUGGUGGAGAGACUCACUAAAGGAAACCCCAAUCCCAGGGUCUUAUCCUGUGCGAGAUUUUCUCGAAGAAGCUCAGUUGAACCCAGUGAAACCGACCUAUAAUUUUAAAGGAGAAGGGAGAAAGAGAGUGUCCAUCUAUCAGCAACUACCUGAUUUGACCUUCUCAAACAAUUUCAUGUACUAUCCUCCUUCAUUUGUGGAACUGGCAGAGAAAAGACCUGCUACUUAUUCCUUUAAGAGUACUUCAAGGCAAAGCAACUAUCCCGUCAGCGGAGAUAAGAAUAUAAGGACUGAUCCUGGACAGUAUGAUCUUUUCCCUCGUCCAGUUCCUACUUUUCCUACUAAGAGUUAUAUGUUUCGAUCGGCAGUUCAAAGAGAUCCCAUUUUUCCUCUGAUGCAAGGUCCAGGCCCAGGGCAGUAUGAAAUAAAGGAUGUCCAACCAGUUUCAAUACGAUCGUCCUUCGUAUCAAAAGUACCACGAAUAUUGCCAGCUCACACUAAAGUCCCUGGUCCAGGAUAUUAUUGGCCUACCAAGCAGGCACCAAGACAGCCUAGAACUAUUGCCAGCCUUGGACGGGAGCAUACUAUUUUCUUUAGCAAUGUUCCUGAACUUUAGAA